UAAUUUAUCCCUUCGCUCUGCCUUAACAAGGUUUCGACACUGAAAAGGCACUCUCUUUUAUCGCUCUCUUUGAACCACAUACCGAACCAAUCAACAAACAGAAGCGAGCCAAAGCAUGGCCUCGCCAACGGAUCCCCCGCACCAGCAACUCCACAGCAACCUCACCAACUUCCUCCAGACCACCACCACGUCUGUCUUGUCUCUCCUCUCCACUCCCAAAACGACGCCGCACCUUCCCCCUUCCAAAAUCUCCCCUCCUUUCCUAUUCGCCGACUCUCCCCUCCACCUCUCUCCCUCGCCCUUCGAGUCAACUCAGCCCGACUCCGUCUCUUCUAAAUCCGCAAUCAAGGGAGUCUCGUCGCCCGAGUCAAGCUCCGGCUUCCCCUCAACGGUCAGGAUUGCGGGACUCACUUCCAGUGGCAAGGCUGGUGGCCCCGCCUUCGUGGGCCAAGUCUUUAGCAUGUGCGAUCUUUCAGGGACCGGUCUUAUGGCGGUUUCAACUCACUUCGAUAUUCCCUUCAUUUCUAAGAGAACACCGGAGUGGCUUAAGAAGAUAUUUGCAAACAUUACUAAGAGCGAAAGGAAUGGCCCUGUUUUUCGUUUUUUCAUGGAUUUAGGUGAUGCAGUUACGUAUGUCAAACACCUCAAUAUUCCCAGCGGGGUCGUGGGCGCUUGUCGUCUUGAUUUGGCAUAUGAGCAUUUCAAGGAAAAACCUCACUUAUUUCAGUUUGUUCCAAAUGAGAAACAGGUAAAGGCAGCCAACAAGCUUCUUAAGGCAAUCCCACAAGAUGGUGCAAGGAGAAAGGUUGUCGGUGUGCCUGUUUUUGGUGCUCGAAACUUGGAUAUUGCAAUAGCUACUACAGAUGGGAUUAAGUGGUAUACGCCAUACUUCUUUGAUAAAAACAUGCUGGAUAAUAUUCUUGAAGAAUCUGUUGAUCAGCAUUUCCAUGCUUUAAUUCAAACCCGACACAUGCAACGUCGACGUGAUGUGAUUGAUGAUAACUUGGCAGCUGAAGUGAUUGAAGAAAUUGGAGAUAGCAUGUGGGAGCCUCCAGAGGUUCAAGAAGUUUUGGAUGAGAUUGGUCAUCCUGCCAUACCCUUGAGUGUCAUUUCAAAGGCUGCUGAGAUUCAGCUUCUCAAUGCUGUUGACAAAGUACUCCUGGGUAACAGGUGGUUACGGAAAGCGACUGGCAUUCAACCACAAUUUCCUUAUAUGGUUGAUUCAUUUGAGAGAAGGAGUGCCGCCUCUUUUCUUAGAGCCUCUGAGUCAGCUGCAUGCCUUUCCAACCCUGAAACGGAGAGCAGCACUUCAGAGCUCAAAUUAGUCGAUGAUGUUAAAGCUGACAAUGGACAGAGACAAGAUUUCCGAUUUCCUUUUGGAGAUCGGUUUAGUCAUCCAUGGUUGAAAGGAGAAGGGAAACCUAAACAGAGGUCAGAGGCUAGAAUGGAAAGCCCAUCAAAGGAAAGCAAAAAGCAAAACUUUCAAGCUAAUCCCUUUCUACCAAAGAUUACAAUGGUUGGCAUCUCAGCUGGAGAUGGACAGAUGAGCAAAUCUAGUUUGAAGAAGACUAUGGAAGAUCUAACAAGAGAGUUGGAGCGGACAGAUCAGGGAAAUACCACUGAUAGUGACAGUGACGACUUAAAAGUUGAAGAAAGAGAUCCACUAUUUGUUGCAAAUGUAGGUGAUUACUAUUCUGGCUUGGCAAAGACUGGUUCAGCACGAUGGGUUCGAGGAGGAAACAACUGAAAGAGACUCACUAAUGGCAAUGCUUAUUUGGCAAGAAUUUAUUUAUGACAGAUGUAAAGUUAGCAAUGCAUUUUUUUUGACAGAUCUCCUUGCAGGUCUAAGAAGGUAGAUGCGCCAUGUUGCAUUCACAAAGGCUGUAUGUAAAGAAAUUAGAUAAAGGGGUCUAGGUGAUCCAUUUGGUUGAGGUUUUAGAAUCCAUAUGGCUUAUAAUUUUGAAAGUUGAUUCCUUGUAUAACGGAAUAAGCAUUAUACGUUUUCAUCUGAGCUUUAUAUUCAGCCUGCAUUGUAAAUAGGUGAAAGUCAAGGUUUUGUUGUGGUUUGCAGGUGUCUCAUGUAAAGCUUGGACCCUUCGUUUUGUGUUAAUUAUGGGAAUGCAUCUUUUUAUUGGGAACUCA